UUCAUCAGUUGCUGAUAUACAUAUAAUAUAGCAUUUGAAAUUGAUGCAAAUGUAAUUGAUCAAGUUUCAAAAGCAACUGACACAAGUGCAAUCAAAUUAAGCUUGUCAAAAAACCCACUGGUCAAUAAACGAACAGGCAUCAACGUUUGAGAGGUUUUCCAUGAAAGAUAGCUGCAAUUCCGUUUCGGUUUCAGCGAAGACACUAAUUUGUUGACGGAUGUGUUUUGUUUUUGAUCCGUCUCAUAUUUUGAGCAAUCCCCAAACAUAUUACAUUUUUAUUUCUUUGUUACAAAAGAUUGAAGAAACAUGUUAGCCCUAAAAACCACCCGCCUGACAUGGGGAUAUUCGUCGAAUAUCUUAUUUAAGCGAGGCAUGGCCAAACAGUCCGUCCGGAUUGGGUGCGCCUCGGGAUUUUGGGGUGACACGCCCACUGCCACCCCCCAAUUACUCGAAAAUGGGCGAGUGAACUACUUAGUGUACGACUAUUUAUCGGAACUUACCAUGUCGUUAUUAACUGCUGCUCAUAAGAAAGACCCUAGUUGGGGAUACGCCAUGGAUUUUGUACUGAGUGGAGUGGGUCGCCAUUUAAAAACUAUAAAAGAACAAGAGAUCAAGGUCAUCACAAAUGCGGGGGGUAUCAACACGGAUGCAUGUGUUAAGGCCUUGAAAGCAGCUUGUCAGAUGAGUGGGGUGGAAUUGAAUAUUGCAGAAGUCCAAGGGGACAACCUGAUCCAUCUCAAGGAGAACCUUCUAAAGCUACAAACCAUCCAGGAGAUGGCAACUGGUCAAUCUCUUCCUCAAACAGUAAACUCCAUGACCGCUUACUUUGGGGCUGAACCGAUUGUCAAGGCCUUGAACAUGGGGGCGGAUAUUGUCGUGACCGGAAGGACAGCGGAUAGUGCCUUAGCCUUGGCACCUAUCAUGCAUGAGUUCGAAUGGAAGUUAGAUGAUUAUGAUCGACUGGCUGCGGGUAGCUUAGCUGGACAUCUCAUUGAAUGUGGAGCUCAGGCGACCGGAGGCACUUUCACAGAUUGGCACUUGGUCGAUGGGUUUGAAUAUAUGGGAUUUCCAAUCGUCGAAGUUCAACCGUCUGGCGAAUUCAUUUUGACCAAACCAGAAUUAACUGGAGGAUUGGUGAAUCAGUACACAGUUGGAGAACAACUCCUCUACGAAAUUGGCGAUCCUAAAAACUAUAUUCUGCCCGACGUGAUAUGUGACUUUUCUCAGGUGCAGAUCAAGGAUCUGGGUGCUGAUACCGUGUUGGUAACCGGUGCCCAAGGUAAACCACCUACGAACUCUUUCAAAAUCAGUGCAACCUACAUGGACGGCUACAAAGCCAAUUGCGUGGCCAUCGUUCAAGGUGGCAAUGCCACGGCAAAGGCCAGAAAAACGGCAGAAGCCAUUCUCUCUCGAAGCCGAACUCUCCUGAAGUUAGUCGGUUUGCCGGAUUUUGAUCGUCACCACAUUUCCAUUUUGGGCGCGGAAGACAGUUUUGGGGCCAAUGCCUUAUCCCAAGAAUUUCGCGGUAGAGAUGCAGUCAUUUGGAUGAGUGUACAGCACCAAAAUAAGACUGCCUUGGAGAUUUUAGGGCGAGAAAUCGCCUCGUCUGGAACCGGCAUGGCUCCUGGCCUUUGUGGAAUGGUGGGUGGACGACCAAAGGCUACCCCUUGUCACAAGCUCUUCUCCUUCUUAUAUCCCAAGGAGAAAAUUGCCGCCAAAAUCCAAAUGAAUGGAAAAGUAGAAGAGAUCCGGUUUUCUUCAGAAGGCGCGCAAUUCGAAAAGCGCGGGAAGCCGACUUCCAGUGAAGAAACUUAUGUUCUACCCACGGGAAAAGAAAUCUACAUCUUGGAAGAUUUAGCCUAUGCCAGGAGUGGAGACAAAGGAAAUUCCUGCAAUAUAGGUUUGAUUGCCAGACAUCCUUCAUAUUUGCCCUACAUCAAGCAACAAGUGACAGAGCAAUCCGUGGCCGAGUAUUUUAGGCAUCUGUUUGACAUUGACCAACAGACCCAUAUUGAGGCCAAUGUUACGCGCUUUGAUCUCCCAGGAAUCCAUGGCGUCAAUUUUUUAAUCGAAAACGUCUUGGAUGGUGGCGGGAUUGCCUCACUCCGACCUGACCCUCUGGGUAAAUCAUUCGGGCAAAUGCUUCUCAGUAUGGAACUGACCAAUCUACCAUCUUUGAGCGAGAUGUCGAAAGUCGAGCAAAAAUGAUUCAUCCUUACAAGUGUCCUUUUAUCGGCCUUUGAGCUAAAUAAAAUGACGCAAUUUCAUCUUA